UCACACUUGGCCUUCUCGUCGAACCGAAAUUAUAAAAGACAAAAGUGCAGCUGGUCGAAAGUUGCAUUAACGAAACUUCGAUAGUAUUAAACACUCGGCAUUCGGCAGCUGUGAGUAUGAAUCAAAUCAGGCGUAAUCAAGCAAUCAUAUUCGAUAAAAUAAACGAACUGAACUCCCAAAGGGCGCUGCCCUAUGUGAGUGUGCGUGUGUGUUAGUGUAUGCGUAUGAGUCAGCGUCGGCAGCGCGCAAAUGAAAACAAUUGUUUUUGUGCUAUAAUUCCAUUUAAAUGUCCAUUCGAAAGUGAUAAAUCAACGAAGUCGCAAACAUUUGGCCCAACUUGAGUUCUCGAGUGAAUUUGGGUGCUUCAACUGCGGUUUUUUUCUGGCCUUUUAAGGCUUUAAUUGAAAUGCGUGUGCCAGUAUCCACGCCGCACACACAUCACUCCAGCGCGAAGCACUAGUGCCACCAGCUCCAUAGGCCGGCUCCAUUUAGCUCCAUUAACCGCAUCAGAACCACCAAUCCAACAGCAACCAUGUCAUCCCGUAAGACCGCCGGACGUCGCGCCACCACCAAGAAGCGCGCCCAACGCGCCACCUCCAAUGUGUUCGCCAUGUUCGAUCAGGCGCAGAUUGCCGAGUUCAAGGAGGCAUUCAACAUGAUCGACCAGAACCGUGAUGGCUUCGUCGAGAAGGAGGAUCUGCACGACAUGCUGGCCUCGCUGGGCAAGAACCCAACGGACGACUAUCUCGAUGGCAUGAUGAACGAGGCGCCCGGGCCCAUCAACUUCACCAUGUUCCUCACGCUCUUCGGCGAGCGGCUGCAGGGCACCGAUCCCGAGGAUGUGAUCAAGAACGCCUUCGGCUGCUUCGACGAGGAGAAUAUGGGCGUCCUGCCCGAGGAUCGCCUGAGGGAGCUGCUGACCACCAUGGGUGAUCGGUUCACAGACGAGGAUGUGGACGAGAUGUAUCGGGAGGCGCCCAUCAAAAACGGUCUGUUCGACUACCUCGAAUUCACGCGCAUCCUUAAGCACGGUGCCAAGGACAAGGAUGAGCAGUAAGAUCGCCAGCAGUCGAUUCACUAGCCAGCUGCCUCUCCAAUCAGCCUGUCCAAACUAUCCAUCAUGAGUUUCGUUUUGAUAAUUUAAUAUAUACAAGUAUAAAUAUUUUUUUUUUUUGGUUUCGCGCCUUCUGUUCUUUGAUUCCUGAUAAUCCUGUACUUAUCCGUGCAUUUGAAUUAAACAAAAAGUAGCCAACACCAGCGAUUGUUAUGUACGACAGUGUAGUGUGUGAGAUGUUGGUGCCAGAUAACACGAUUUCCCGAAAAACUCCUUUCAUAAGUAUUAACUCAUUGAAUAUACAUAUAUAUUACCUAUAUACAAAUACAUACUUAUACAAGAAUGUGGC